AUAUGGCUACAGAUGAGCAAAAACCAGAUCCCUCACUGCUUAAACUUCAGUAUCCUUCCUUGCUUUCUGAUGCAUCUUUGGAGUGUAACCGGACAUUAAGCUUCAAGGCUUGGAUGGUCGAACGCGCAGCCUCUCGAGAGGGCGUUCCUCGACAGUCGUCUAAAACUCAGACACCACCACCAGGACUACUUAUGAUCAAAGAUGAGCCGUGGCAGGGCCCGCCCGGAUUCUCACCCGAAGACUAUCUGAAUCCAGCAGCCCGAGAUUUGACUGGACCAAGGAACAAACUUCAAACUCUUCCUCCAUCAAAAGAGACCAUCGUCCCAAAAAGGCCUCUUCCGUUGCAAGGUCCACCAGGAAUAUCACGCGACGAGCAUCUGAAUCCACCGUGUAACAAAGUUCAAACUCAUCCUCCAUCAAAUGAGACUAUCAUCCCAAAAAGACCCUGUUCAUUGCAAGGUCCGCCAGGAAUAUCACGCGACGAGCAUCUGAAUCCACCGUGCAACAAAGCUCAAGCUCAUCCUCCACCAAAUGAGACCAUCAUCCCAAAAAGGCCUCGUCCGUUACAAGGUCCACCCGGAAUAUCACGCAACGAGCAUCUGAAUCCCCCAUAUGAGCUUCCAUUUUCACGAGGAAAUCCAUCUCCGACUCCAAGGCCUAAUCCGUUUCAAGAGCUCAAACUUCUCCCAAAGACCAUCGUCCCAACAGGGCCUCGUUCAUUCUUGAAGAGGAAAGCAACAACGCCUGAGAAGCCUGCCACACCGCCACUUCCUCCCAGCAAGAUGAGGAAGUCCGCGGAUAAUUUGGUCUGCGAUCUCUGCGUGGCCAGCUGCUCGAGCGCCUUAGUGAUGCAGCAGCAUUUGAGAGGGCGGAAGCACAAGGCCAAGAUCAGUUUCAAUAAAAGGAAGAGGGAAUCCAACACCACCACUGCCUCAAAACCAAGAUGUGACCUCUGCGAAAUCUGGUGCUGCGACGUUGGUGCGUUGCAGAUGCACUUCAAGGGGCAGAAGCACAUGGCCAAGGUGCAAGAGCUGCAGCUGUGCAAGGAGAGGGGCGGGCAGAAAUCCUCGAAAGCGCCUAUAAUCUGUGAGGUGUGCGGAGUUUCUUGCAUGAACCAAGACUCGUUCGAGCAGCAUCUCAAGGGCAGGCAACAUGCCGUUAAACAAGACCUCAAGCGCCGAGGACUCCUUUGAACAUCCAACCUCUAUAUAUCCAUUUAUCUAUCUAUCUAUCUAGAGUUUAUUAAAUUUUCAGACCAUAGCAACUUUGUUUUUCUACUUCAAACAACUAACUUUCCUAGUCUUUUCAACCAAGAACUGAAGAACCUAUGUUUGAUCUCAACAUUUUCGGUUUCUUGAAUAUG